AUGUUGUCAGCGAACGAAGUAUCAAUCCACAACUCUCGGUUGUCCUGCUGGAUCAUAGUCUCUGGGAAUGUGUAUGAUGUUACUGACUUCCUGGACGAACAUCCUGGAGGUUCUGCGACUAUUCUGAGAUACGCUGGACGAGACGCAACUGCAGAGUAUCAACCUAUACACUCUCCGACGACCUUGAGGGAUUACCUCCCCGAGGAAAAGUGCCUCGGUCCUGUCGAUCUUGUCACCAUGCCCAAGCGGUCGCCCAUACGCCCGUCUUCUGCCAUGGGUCAAAAAAUUCCCAUGCCUCCACUAGAGAACAUGAUAUCAUUAUUGGAUUUUGAGAAUGUGGCUAAAGAAAAUCUUUCUCGAAAAGCAUGGGCCUAUUUCUCCUCGGGCGCAACAGACAUGGCGACCGUCACCCUCAACCGUGCAGCGUGGAAUUCUGUGCUUUUCGUACCAAGAGUCAUGGUUGACGUCCGGAGCGUUGACACAUCCGCAACGAUGGCCGGAAUGUCGGUCACGGUUCCUUUCUUUAUAUCAGCGACAGGAAUGUCGAAACUUGCCCAUCCGUUGGGCGAGGUUGGGUUUUCGAGAGCCGCAGGUCGUGAAGGCGUAUUCUUUUGUAUAUCGACGAAUUCAUCUGCUAGUAUGGACGAGAUUGUCCAGGCAAAGGAAUACAACGAACAGCCGUUUCUUUUCCAGCUGUAUAUGAAUAAAGACAGGCGGAAAUCCACGGCGCUCCUGCAGAAGGUCGCUUCGUACCAUGCAUCGCCCACACCAUCUUCGAUAUUCGAAAAGAAAAAUGUUCGGGCAGUUAUUGUGACCGUCGACAGCCCUGCACCUGGGAAGCGAGAAGCUGAUGAAAGGGUUAAAGCCGAAGUUUCUCUCGACAUGGGGGUCAAUGGCGGGAAGGGUGCCGCGCCGGACUCUAAAGGAGGAGGCAUCGGGAGAGCUAUGAGUGGAUUUAUUGAUCCUAAUGUUACUUGGUCGGACAUUGCUUGGAUCAGAAAACAGUUGAUUCCCACUACUUCAUCUGCCUCGGGUGAUGUGCCAUUUAUUGGCGUGAAAGGCAUUCAAUGCGUGCAGGAUGCUCUGCUUGCCAUUGGAGCUGGCGCCAAUAUAAUUUGGUUAUCAAACCAUGGCGGAAGAGCAUUGGAUUCUGCCCCUCCGGCUCUUUACGUUCUCGCGGAGCUACGGCGCGAUCAUCCAUGGGUCUUUAAUCUGCCGAACGUGGAGUUUUAUGUGGACGGUGGCAUUCGGAGGGGCACAGACGUGGUCAAGGCGCUCUGCCUCGGGGCAAAAGCCGCUGGUUUAGGGCGUCCAUUCCUUUACGCUUUGCAAUAUGGAGUGGAUGGCGUGCAGAGGGCAAUUCAGAUUCUGAAAGACGAAGUGGAGACGACAAUGAGGCUUAUAGGCGCCACGAAGGUCUCGGAUCUUGGGCCUCAUCUCCUUAACAUGAAGGCGCUUUUGCCUUACCUCAAUGAUCCUAUUUCCGAAUUUAAACGUACAUCAAAAGCUCCCAAGUCCAGGCACGAAGGACUUUGCAAGCUGUGA